AUGUACCUCGAUAUCCAGAAAGGAUUGAUCUUGGAGGAUUUGAGUGAGGAUGAGGUAAAAGGCAGGUGGAAGAGCUUCAUUCGCAAAUGGAACCGUGGAGAACUCGCCGAAGGGUGGUAUGACCCAAGCACGUUUGAAAAAGCCCGUCAUAGUGCCCUAGAACAGCCACCAGCUACCACCUCUGGACGUCGUCAUUCGCCAGAUUAUAGACACGAUGACCGAGAGAAAGAGGCUGAACCCAGAGAAGAUGAACCGCAGAAUGCCUCUGAAGAUGAAGAAGACUAUGGCCCCGGUUUACCGCGUUAUACGAUGGCAAAGAACGGUCCAUCGGCUGGACCGACAAUUCCGACGAUACAGGAUUUGGAGCUGCGGCAAGAAUCUACUAUGGAAGAUGCGAUCGCGGCCCGCGAAGAUGCCAGAAAGCAGCACUACGCAGAGAUUCGCUCCCACAGGUCUGAACUGCGGCAAGUAGAAGAUGAGGUUGCUCCUCGCGCAGAGCCAGGAACACAUGAGAGGCGCAUGGAGAAGCGCCAAGAGGCAGCAGCAGAAAAUCGAGCCUUUGCCGAAUCGCGACGAGGUGGUUCGCCUAUUGAAGGUGCUCCGGACGACGAACUGAUGGGCUCCGCCGAGAACGACCUAGACGCGAUCAAGAAGGCCCAGGCCAGAGAACAACGAAAGAAAAAUGAGCGCGAAAUCAGAAGGGAAGAAAUACUGCGGGCCCGAGCAGCGGAGCGGGAGGAACGAUUACAACAAUACAGAAAGAAGGAAGAGGAAACCAUUGGAUGGCUCAAAACACUGGCCAAACAACGAUUUGGCUGA